AUGUUCUUGUAUAUAGGUAAAGAUCUUACAUGGUAUGCUAAAGAUAGUAGCCAGGAACAAGCUCGUCAAGAAGAAAUUAGAGCAAUCAAAGAAACGGAAGCAGAUGUUAUGGCUGAAUUUUUGGGAGCUGGCAAAAGGAAAGUAGUUACUACAAAUGUAUCAAAACAAGAGCUAAAUAACAUUUUAAAGAAAGAACAAGAAGAGGAUGCAGAUGAUGACGAAAAUAUAGUCAAAGUCAAUCAGGAAGCCUCAAAAGGAUUAGGAUUUAGAAGUUCUGGAAGACUCUUAGUCGCAGAAAUGCUUCCUGAAAUUGCUCAUAAUGAAAGAUCCGGUCAAAAUAAUGACAAUAUGAGCGGUUUGGUUGUUUCAGACGAUACAAAAUAUAUUGCAGAAAGUGGUAAUAGUCGACUUACUUCAUCAAAUAAUAUUCCAAUUAAUGUUGAUCGCAAUUUAUCUACCAUUAAAAAGCAAAGUAAAGAAAAAACUAAGAAACAUAAAGAAAAGCACAAGAAAAAAGAAAAGCAUCGGAAAAAAGAUAAACAGAGGAAAAAACACGCUUCAAGUGAAUCUCCAUAUAUAUCAGCAUCGGAUGAAGAUGGCUCUUUAAGUGAAAGGCCAUCUCGAGAUUCAAGAAUAUCACGUGAUAAAAGACGUCGCCAUUCCCCUUCAAAGAGGAAAGAAAGAUCUAGAGAAAUAUCAAGAUCUAAUUCGCCUAGACAACGUCAUAAAUCGCGUUCACCUGUAUUUCGUCAUUCUAGACGUGAGUCAUCUCCUUAUUUUCGUUCCCGUUCCAAGUCACCUCCCCCCUCAAGACGUGAAAAAUCCCGUUCAAGAUCUCGCUCGAAAUACCGAACAAAUACAUCGUUGAGACGGGACAGUUCUAGAGAACAACGGCGUCAUCAUAGAAGUUAUAGAGAUGAUGAAUAUCGUCAUGAUCGGGAUAGAGAAAUACAUUCGUCAACUAGACAUCAUCGUACUAGAAAUGAUAUUGAAGAUUGA